GCCCCGAAUGGAGACCCGAGGCGUGCUAGCCGCCGCGGCUCCGUUAUCCCGAGCCCUCUGGACCGCAGCCUGAAGCGGCUGCAAGUCCGUCUGCCCCCUACUCGCCGCGCAGGUGUGGCGACCGGCCGCCCCCGAGGCCCUGAGGUUGGCCCACAAGUGAUCCCCCACUGCCCUUGGACCUUGACUCCACACUGCAAAUGGCUCUCAGAACUCCGUAGUCUCGCCGGAGCGGGAGGCGCCUGGAGCCCACGAUGGAGAAGAAGCGGAGAAAGAAAUGAACGCCUCCUCUCUGGCCAGGCCGCACCAGGCCACGCCGCUCCCCGGGGCUCCGCGGCAGACCGGACCGCGAGGUGGCUGAGCAGUGAUGCAUGUGCCCCUGGCCGAGACGGCACGGACCUUGUAGUCAAGCUUUGGGUUUCCAGGACUGGGGGGGUGCCUCCUCGCACGACCAUGCCGCGUGCGCUCUCCUGGCUGCUGCUGCUGCUGCUGCUGGUGGCCCUGCUCCGCGGGAAGCAGCAGCCCCUGGGGGGCCGGCUGGAGAAGAGGCCUUUGGAGAAGGCCCCGUGCCCCGGCUGCCCACACCUGACACUGAAGGUGGAGUUCUCCUCGACCGUGGUGGAAUACGAGUACAUCGUGGCCUUCAACGGGUACUUCACCGCCAAGGCCCGCAGCUCCUUUAUCUCAAGUGCCCUGAGGAGCAGCGACGUGGACAACUGGCAGAUCCUCCCCCGUGACAACCCAUCUAGUGACUACCCCAGCGACUUUGAGGUCAUUCAGAUCAAGGAGAAGCAGAGAGCAGGGCUGCUCACCUUGGAAGGCCACCCCAACAUCAAGCGUGUCACCCCCCAGCGGAAGGUCUUCCGAUCCCUCAAGUACGCGGAGUCUGACCCCACCGGGCCCUGCAAUGACACCCGCUGGAGCCAGAAGUGGCCGUCGUCCCGCCCCCUACGCAGGGCCAGCCUCUCCCUGGGCUCCGGGUUCUGGCACGCCACCGGACGCCACUCCAGCCGACGGCUGCUCAGGGCCAUCCCCCGGCAGGUGGCGCAGACCCUGCAGGCCGACGUGCUGUGGCAGAUGGGCUACACAGGGGCCAGUGUCCGAGUGGCUGUCUUUGACACGGGGCUCAGUGAGAAGCACCCCCACUUCAAGAAUGUGAAGGAGAGGACCAACUGGACCAACGAGCGGACACUGGACGAUGGGCUGGGCCACGGCACCUUUGUGGCAGGGGUGAUCGCCAGCAUGAGGGAGUGCCAGGGCUUUGCCCCUGAUGCCGAACUCCACAUCUUCAGAGUCUUCACCAAUAAUCAGGUGUCGUACACGUCCUGGUUCCUGGACGCGUUCAACUACGCCAUCCUGAAGAAGAUCGACGUGUUGAACCUGAGCAUCGGCGGCCCCGACUUCAUGGACCACCCCUUCGUUGACAAGGUGUGGGAGCUGACAGCCAACAAUGUGAUCAUGGUGUCUGCGAUUGGCAACGAUGGGCCUCUGUAUGGCACUCUGAACAACCCUGCCGACCAGAUGGACGUGGUUGGCGUCGGCGGCAUUGACUUUGAGGACAACAUUGCCCGCUUCUCUUCCCGGGGAAUGACCACCUGGGAACUCCCAGGCGGUUACGGUCGAGUGAAGCCUGACAUUGUCACCUAUGGUGCUGGCGUGCGGGGCUCUGGCGUGAAAGGGGGCUGCCGGGCCCUGUCGGGGACAAGCGUGGCUUCUCCGGUGGUGGCGGGCGCCGUCACCCUGCUGGUCAGCACGGUCCAGAAGCGGGAGCUGGUGAACCCGGCCAGUGUGAAACAGGCCCUGAUCGCCUCCGCCCGGCGGCUCCCUGGCGUCAACAUGUUCGAGCAAGGCCAUGGCAAGCUGGACCUGCUGCGAGCGUACCAGAUCCUCAACAGCUACCGGCCCCAGGCCAGCUUGAGUCCUAGCUACAUCGACCUGACCGAGUGUCCCUACAUGUGGCCUUACUGCUCACAGCCCAUCUACUACGGAGGCAUGCCAACGAUUGUCAAUGUCACCAUCCUCAAUGGCAUGGGGGUCACCGGCAGGAUCGUGGACAAGCCGGACUGGCAGCCCUACCUGCCGCAGAACGGGGACAACAUGGAGGUGGCUUUCUCCUACUCCUCGGUGCUCUGGCCCUGGUCAGGCUACCUGGCCAUCUCCAUUUCUGUCACCAAGAAGGCUGCGUCCUGGGAGGGCAUCGCCCAGGGCCACGUCAUGGUCACCGUGUCCUCCCCGGCAGAUGUGGAGUCCAAGAGCGGUGCCGAGCAAACAUCCACGGUCAAGCUGCCCAUCAAGGUGAAGAUCAUCCCCACGCCGCCGCGGAGCAAGCGUGUGCUCUGGGACCAGUACCACAACCUGCGUUAUCCCCCCGGCUACUUCCCCAGGGACAACCUGCGCAUGAAGAACGACCCCCUGGACUGGAACGGCGACCACAUCCACACGAACUUCAGGGACAUGUACCAGCACCUGCGCAGCAUGGGCUACUUUGUGGAAGUCCUGGGCUCACCCUUCACCUGCUUCGACGCCAGUCAGUACGGCACGCUGCUGAUGGUGGACAGCGAGGAGGAGUACUUCCCUGAGGAGAUCGGGAAGCUGCGCAGGGACGUGGACAACGGCCUCUCCCUUGUCGUCUUCAGCGACUGGUACAACACGUCUGUCAUGAGGAAAGUCAAAUUCUACGACGAAAACACAAGGCAGUGGUGGAUGCCAGACACGGGGGGCGCCAACGUCCCUGCUCUCAAUGAGCUGCUGUCCGUCUGGAACAUGGCCUUCAGCGACGGCCUCUAUGAAGGGGACUUCACCCUCGCCAACCACGACAUGUACUACGCCUCCGGCUGCAGCAUCGCCAAGUUCCCAGAAGACGGCAUUGUGAUCACACAGACGUUCAAGGACCAAGGGCUGGAGGUCCUAAAGCAGGAGACGGUGGUGGUGGAGAACGUCCCCAUCCUGGGCCUCUAUCAGGUCCCUGCCGAGGAUGGUGGCCGCAUCGUGCUCUACGGGGACUCCAACUGCCUGGACGACAGCCACCGGCAGAAAGACUGCUUCUGGCUGCUGGAUGCACUCCUACAGUACACCUCGUAUGGGGUGACCCCUCCCAGCCUCAGCCACUCGGGGAAUCGGCAGCGCCCGCCCAGUGGAGUGGGCACCAUCACCCCCGAGAGGAUGGAAGGAAACCACCUGCACCGCUACUCCAAGGUCCUGGAGGCCCACCUGGGGGACCCAAAGCCCCGGGCGCUGCCCGCCUGCCCACACCUGUCCUGGGCCAAGCCGCAGCCCCUGAACGAGACAGCACCCAGCAACCUGUGGAAGCACCAGAAGUUGCUCUCCAUCGACCUGGACAAGGUGGCAUUGCCCAACUUCAGAUCCAACCGCCCUCAAGUGCGGCCCUUGUCUCCGGGGGAGAGCGGCGCCUGGGACAUCCCUGGGGGCAUCAUGCCCGGCCGCUACAACCAGGAGGUGGGCCAGACCAUCCCCGUCUUCGCCUUCCUGGGCGCCAUGGUGGUCCUGGCGUUCUUCGUGGUGCAGAUCAACAAGGCCAAGGGCAGGCCCAAGCGGCGGAAGCCCAGGGUGAAGCGGCCACAGCUUGUGCCGCAGGCGCACCCCCCGAAGGUCCCAUCAGUCUGAGCGCCUGGGAGGCUCUCUGUAGGGUAGCCCACCCACCUGCCCACCCCCCACCCUCAGCCUCAGGAGAGUGCCCAACAGCAGCACCAAAGCCGGGGCGAGGACUGCGGCGCCGGAGCACCUGCCCGUCCGCCCCGAGCCUGCUUGCUGCGGAGCUCGCCCUAUUUAUUGUUGGAAAAGUCACUUUAGGGACGUGUGCUAUUUGGAAGCAAAGCUAUUAUUUUUGGUCACCGGAAUGCGGUUUUUUACUAUGUCCCCAUCCCCACCCCCACUCCUUCUUGCAGGGGCCGCCUUCUCCUUUCUGACCAGAGGCCUGGUCGGCAGAGCCCUGCAGGACAUGGACCUAACUCUGAAACACAGCCCUGCGCUUUAUUUUUCUAAGUCUCACCUGCCAUCAUGUUUUGUAAUUCGGGGUCUCAAUCUCACCGCCGUCGUCAGUCAAGAGUUUUCAAUAAAUAUGCAUUGCCUA